AUGCCUAUCAGGACACUUAACAAUCCAUCCCACCUGAUACCCUCCGUUCCGGUUCUAGACGGAAACUCAGUAACGUUUGCGGCCUGGCGCUCCCGACUCCUCAAUGUUCUUUCAGUUAUGAACGUUCUGGACAUAGUCGACAAAUCUCUCCUCCGCCCAUCGGACAACAAAGAUAGCAAGACAAUCGGUCGCUCCCCAGAUCAAAAGGGCUACAACCCAGAAGAUUUCGCCGCCGACUGGGACGCUUUGUCGGAUAUGGCUCGGUCAACAAUUAAGCUCACUCUUUCGGUCGAUCUUGCAAUUCGAUAUGGUGACGUUAAACCGGUAUCCAAACUUUUCUCAACUAUUGUCAAUGCCAAAAUGGAUCGCACGGAUCUGAAAAGCAGCGUCCGAUCUGAACACUGCAAAAAUAGCGCCGUCCGAUCAGCAGUAAGUCUAGACGAUGCAAUCGGUGCUCUUGAGGCGCACGAGCUGUCGACCACUCCACCACCCGAUCAGUUUGGUUUUGAUGGUGAUGCCUCGGUCUCUGCUGCAAAAGCAAAACGGUUUGGAUGCUAUAACUGUGGCGAAAAAGGUCACCACUCGUCUCGAUGCUCAAAACCUCCGAAAAAGAACAAGGCAACGGCUCAGGCGAACUCCGUUGCUGCACGUGCUGGUGCUACUUCUGCAGUACCUCUCGGUUUCUACGGUUUUGAGGAAGAUGGCGAUGAUGACGAUAGUUUUGAUGAUGAGAUUGACGUGGUGUGGGGAUAG